UCUCCUCUGGCAGCUGGUUCCAUACACCCUCCUCUGUGCGGUCCUUAACGUGAAGCCCAGGGCAGGCGUAGUAUCUGGCCCCUGGUGCUCUGGGGAGGCGAUGUUUUUCAAUCCGAGCUACAUCUCGUUUGUUUGAAAAUAUUCACAGGGUUACAGAUUGAUAUUACAAUUUUAAUAAUUAAGAUACAAUUAUCAGAUGACGUUAACCCUGCCAACAUCCCCGCACUGAGGGCCUGGGCUAUUGUGGGCAGACUGGUGUGUUUGUGUACAUUAUACUGUAGCUUUGCCAUCUAAACCAGCACUUGUAGUUCCUUGUUUCUACCCCAAGUACAUUUGAUCUGCAUGCAAAACAAAGCUUUUCACUGUACCUCGGUACACGAGUAAAUAAUAAACCUAGCCCUGGACGCUGAGGGCUGAAGGGGCUGUUCAGACUGUGCGGUCCCAUGUUCUGCAUUCCUUUACACUUUGAGAUUUGGGGCGACUUCCUCACUCCCCGUUGCCGCUUCCUUCCCUGCUGCUUCCUCACACCAAAGGUCCUCGCUCCACAGUUUGCUCCCCUCAUCCUCCGCCGCUCCUUUCCCUUUUCUCCUCACCUUCCAUCAUUUGCCCUUAGUUCGCCGUCCUUGCCCCGUCCCUCUGCAACCCUUUUCCUCUUGCUCCUUGUCGCACCCUUGCUCUUGUCCGCUUUCUCCCCUUUGCCCCUCUCCACCCCGACUCCUGCCCCAUCGCUCACCGCUCGCAUCCGUGGAUCCGGUCGGGCGCUAGGACCCAGGAGCGGCGGCAUCAGAGUCUUCGUCCGGCGCUAGGACCCGGGGAGCGGCCGCGGCUGGGCAGGAGCAGACGGGCGCUAGGACCCGGGGCAGCCGCGGCUGGGCAGGAGCAGACGGGCGCUAGGACCCGGGAGCGGCGGCUGUGAGCACCGGCGGAGGCUGAGCGCGAGGCCGAGGCUCCGCGGGGAAGCUAGGCCUCGACACCGGGCCGUGGCCGCAGCAGCACGGACAUGAUGCACCGAACGGUCUGACCCUGCGCCCCGGAGGGAGACUGAAAUGUCAAUGAAACCGGGAGACUGUGUGCUGCUCAUGGGAGAGGGAAACUUCUCCUUCUCGGCCUCCCUGUGUGAUCGCGUGUCCCGAGAUAUCCAUGUCGUGGCCACCUGCCAUGAAAGUGAAGAAACAAUAACCAAGCACGAACAUGCUGCCAAUAAUAUCAACUGCCUGUUGGAGAAAGGAGCAGAGGCCCACUUUCUCGUGGACUGUACCAACAUCCAGGAAUGUCCGUCUUUAAGAAGCAGGCUUUUCGACAGAGUUAUCUUCAAUUUCCCACACUGUGGCAGGAAGGCUGGAGUGAAAAAAAAUAGAGAGCUAUUGGCAAAAUUUUUCAGGAGCUGUGCAGAGGUGGUAACUGCGACAGGUGACGUGCAGGUUACCCUGUGUCGGGGGCAGGGGGGGACUGGUGCUGACCAGCCCACACGCUGCUGGCACGACAGCUGGCAAAUCGUUGCCCAGGCCGCAGGAGCAGGGUUCAUCCUGAGUGAAGUAAACGCAUUUGACGCCACCUGUCACGGUGGCUACACCAGCACGGGUUACAGGAGCCAAGAUAAGUCCUUCCGUGUGGAUGGAGCGUUGACCCAUGUCUUCACAAGAAGUUUGCCAAUUGAUAAGAUGAAGCCGUUUACAAUGGAAACUAUGAUUGGGAAUGAACACUGUUCCUUCCGUAUCCCUGAAGAACUUGCUGAUAAAAUAAACAGGAAUUUUCUUCAGGAAGGUUCCAAUCACCCAGUGAACGUCAUUAAGGAUCUGUUGAAAAAGAGGAUUGCAGCCAAUGUAGCUGUUCAGGAACUGGAGGACCAGUUUCCUCUGCUAUUAGAAUAUCGUCCUGGAGACCCCCGCAUGGACUCUGAGGUUCGUCAGCCUGAGCUUUAUUUUGUUACCCGCUCAAACUGUGGGGCGGAUCAGUGCAGAUGCAGUGAUGGUCAAUGUUUUAGCAGACCCCCUUGCUGUGAAUGUUCAGAACCCAUGUCGAAUCUGAGCCAAGGAGACAAAAACGUGGACUGCAAACUGCUAAACUGGGCUGAGGAUCCCGACUUGAGCAAGGUUUGCUGCAGGUACUGUUUCCGCCCCAGUCUGACGGGAUACCUAGACAAAGUGCUGCAAAGACCAGACUUCAGAGCUGGAGUCAUCUAUACACUCAGCGGCACUGUUUUCAGGAAACGCCCGAUUACUCCACAAACCAUGCCUGCAUUCCACGAGAUGGUGCUGGUUGGUGCUUUUAAUGACAAACGACAGCCAGAUUUCCCCCAACUAUUUAUGAGCUCUGUGGAGAAUGCCAUCACGUUCCUGGUGAAGUCAACCUUGAGAAGCAGCAGCAGUUCAGAAAUCUCCCAGAUGGAUCAGAACUUGCAUCCAACUGUCCUGAUGGAGCAGAGCAGUGGAAAAUGCUGGAAUAUUUAUGUUAAGGACAUGGUUCCGCCAGACUUUAUAAACAAUGCUGUUGGAAAGUUGGAUCUCUUUCCUUGUCAGCAGAUGGGUGGUGAGUUGAGUGUCUGUGUUGCUUCAAUAAACCUUGACCUGCUGUCCAUGGUGCUCUACCACAUACCUGACUGGAGGCUGCUCUGGACAUUCGACGAGCGCUUUCUAAACCAGCUGGGCGGGUCAGAAAUGAAACCUUUCCGUGAUUUCUCGCUCUACCCGCCCGUUUACACGCACGAUCUCAGUUUCUGGGCGGGCAGCGACGAGAGGCCAGACGAGCUGGAGGUCCACGCUGUUGUGAGGCGGGUCAGCAGAGAGACGGUCAGACGGAUGACACUGAUCGACAGUUUCUGUCAACCUCACACUGAGCGGAGAAGCCGCUGUUACAGGUUGACGUACCAGUCGUGUGACCGAGCCCUCUCGUACGGACAAGCGCUGCAAAUGCAGCUGGAUCUCCGCGAGGAACUGCAGAAAGCGUUCCAAAUAACUCUCCGAUAACGCCCUUCCACCGCCAUUUACGUUUUCCACCUUAGUGCAGCACAAUGGCACAGUGGCGGAAUUGCUGCCUCACAGCGCCAGAGACACUGUGCAGGAGUAGGUCAUUCGGUCCUUCGAGCCUGCACCGCCAUUCAAUAUGAUCAUGGCUGAUCAUCCAACUCAGUAUCCUGUACCUGCCUUCUCUCCGUACCCCCUGAUCCCUUUUGCCACAAGGGCCACAUCUAACUCCCUCUUAAAUAUAGCCAAUUAACUAAUAAUAAUACAUUUUAUUUGUGGGCGCCUUUCAAAGUCUCAAGGACACUUUACAGAGAUUAACAAGAGAGAAAAAACAUAUAGCGGAGUAAAAUAAAUAAUAAGGACAUCACCAAUACACAAAUUAAAGACAGAAAUCGCUCCAAAGACAAAAAAUCAAAAACACAAUGUGAAGACUGGCCUCCACUACCUUCUGUGCCAGAGAAUUCCACAGAUUCACCACUGUGUAAAAAAUGCUUUUCUCAUCUCGGUCCUAAAAGACUUCCCCCUUAUCCUUAAACUGUGACCCCUUGUUCUGGACUUCCCCAACAUCUGGAAUAAUCUUCCUGCAUCUAGCCUGUCCAACCCCUUAAGAAUUUUAUAAGUUUCUAUAAGAUCCCCCCUCAAUCUUCUAAAUUCUAGCGAGUACAAGCCGAGUCCAGUCUUUCUUCAUAUGAAAGUCCUGCCAUCCCAGGAAUCAGUCUGGUGAACCUUCUCUGUACUCCCUCUAUGGCAAGAAUGUCUUUCACCUUUUGCCUCUCCAGAUGCUGCCUUGUUCUUUGUUCCAGAUUCCAAUAUCUGUAAACUUUUUUUAUCUUCGCAGUAACAUCCUUCCCAACUAGUCAACCUUUGCUACCGCCGAAGACUGUCAGCCUCUUGUUCAAUUUCUUAUUUAUUUAGUUUAGUUUAGAGAUACAGCAUGAAAACAGGCCCUUCAGCCCACCGAUCAAUGGUCACCCAUUCAUUCUAAUGUUAUUCCGCUUUCUUAUCCACUCCCUGCACACUGGGGGAAACAGACAGUUUACAGAACCCAAUUAACCUACAAUCCUGUACGUCUUUGGGAUGUGGGAGGAAACCGGGGCACCCAGAGGAAAUCCACGCGGUCACAUGGAGAACAUGCAAACUCUGUACAGACAGCACCCGAGGUCAGGAUCAACCUGGGCCUCUGGCACUGUGAGACAGUAACUCUACUGCUGCGCUGCUACAGGGCCUGUGUCGGCUGUGACUUCAGCUUCCACAAACCCAACCCUUUCAAUUAAUUCUCUAAAUCUCUGUCUCUUUAAGAUAAUCUUCAAAACUUUCUUCUAUCAUGGUUUGGUCACCUAGUGUAAUAUAUUCCUGUUGUGACUCAGCCCAAUAUUUUUUGAUAAUUCCUGUGAAGUGUCUCAGAACAUUUUUGCUAUGUACAGAGUAAAUAUACAAAUAAAUUGUUGAAGCUGAAGGAAGAAUUUCACAAAUAAGUGGCCGUGUUUGUAAUGUGUUACGAGUUGUUAUUUCCAUUCCAUGACCAUCCUCACCAUCACUACCACCAUCCUCAGAGGAAGAAUUGGGAGUAAGAAUAUUUCACCAUUGCUUUAGCUUUCAACAAUUAACUCAGUCACAGAGUCAUACAGCGUGGAAACAGACCCAUUGGGCCAUCUUGCCCACGUCGAUAACAUGUCCCAUCUACACUAGUCCUACCUAUCUGUGUUUGGCCCAUAUCCAUCUUAAGAAGAAGAUGAAGAGGUAUUUCUUUAGUCAGAGGGUGGAGAAUCUGUGGAAUUCUUUGCCACAGAAGGCUGUGGAGGCAAAGUCAGCGCAUAUAUUUAAGGCAGAGAUAGAUAGAUUCUUGAUUUGUACGGGUGUCAGAGGUUAUGGGGAGAAGGCAGGAGAAUGGGGUUAGGAGGAAGAGAUAGAUCAGCCAUGAUGGGAUGACGGAGUAGAUUUAAUGGCCUAAUUCUACUCUAAUCACUUAUGAUCUUAUGAACCUGCCCCAUCCAUGUACCUGUCUAAAUAUUAAAUCUUAAACGUUGUGAUAAUACCUGCAUGUUGUACCGCCAAGCAUUUCCCCUUGGUCAGUUUAAUUUCAGCUUUAACUGCGUAUGUUUCCUUGUGCUUGACUACAAGGGGCCUGUUUGCUGACCUUAGUGGCCACACGGUGGUGCAGCGGUAGAGUUUCUGCUUUACAGCGACAGAAACCUGGGUUCGAUCCUGACUAUGCGUGCUGUUUAUACAAAGAUUGUUAGUUUUCCCCAUGACCUGUGUGGAUUUUCCUCGGGAUUUCCGGCGUCCUCCCACACUUCAAACCCCUACAGGAUAAUUUUGAUGGUAACAUUGAAAAUUAUCCCUCCUGUGUGUGUGUGUGUGUAUAGCGUAAAUGUGCCUGGAUUUGUUUGUCCGUGUGGAUACGGUGGGCCAAAGGGCCUGUUUACACACUGUAUCUCUAAUCUAAACUAAAUCCCUCUAAACCUAUCCUAUCCAUGUACCAGUCUAAAUGUUUCUUAAACAUUGCAAUAGUAUCUGCAAGUUGGACCUCCAAGCAUCUCCCUUUGGUCAGUUUAAUUUCACCUUAAACUGCGUAUGGUUCUUUGUGCUUGACUACAGGGGGUCUGUUUCCUGGCCCUAGUCCCACAGGGCAGAGAAGUGCCGCACUGUCAGUGGCUACGUAUUAACUGCCUCAUGCUAUCUUGUAGAAUUUGCACUGUUUAUUAAUUUUACAGCAAAACAAUCUGGAAAAAUAUUAUCCCGCAGUGUUCCAAGUAAACCUUGUAGAUCUGAGAUCUAGUUCUGUCCCGUAGGUUCCCAAUCCGAAACGUCACCUAUCCGUGUCCUCCAGAGAUGCUGCCUGGCCCGCUGUGUUACUCCAGCACUUUGUGUGUCUGUCAGCGAUGACAAAGAACGUGAACAAACGGCCGAGGGAACAAACCUAAAAGCCCUGUCCCACUGUACGAGUUCAUUCCAAGAGUUCUCCCGAGUUUGCCCUGAUUCGAACUCGGAGAUUUACGGUAAUGGCCGCUCGUCGGUACUUCGGGGCUCUCGUGGACAUUUUCCAACAUGUUGAAAAAUCUUCACGAGUCUUCCCGAGCUUACCGCAUUUCCCGAGUA